GCGUCGUUUUGGCGUCCGUGCCCAACGAAUUUGCCAUUAAAAAGAUCUCUGUUUCGCUCCAAAAUGGAUAUGGAUCCGGAAAAGGAAGAAUAUGAAUUGCAGCAUUUCAACUUUUCAUCGGAGGAGAUUGUGGCACAGAAUACACAAAUGGUUCAAACACUGCUCCGGUCAUCGUUCUCCGAGUUUACCGAACAGUUUAUACAGAAACAAAAAAUCCCACCAGCCGCCGCCGAUCAGCUUCGAGCGAAUUGUACCAAAACAAGCAUCGACAUGUACAACGAUUGUCUUCCGGCAAUCAACGCGCUGAGUGCGCUGUAUCGUGAAACGUUUACCAUUCCCGAUAACGUGCUGCUACCGACGGACCUACUGCAAACCCGUGGCCAAACGGAGCAACUCGUCAACGAGCUAGCGAAGGAGGUACGCAAUGCGAAGGAGGCCGUAAUGCAGGGUGCUGUGUUUCUUGCCUCGUUAGACGCGGAGGUUGAAUUGCACCAGGCGCUCGAGCAGUGUCACGAAGCGGAAGAUGCCGUUGUGGAACUGCUGAAGGAUUUCCAGGAGGAGGAUGUCGAUUCUGAUGAGGUGUCGGAUUUGGUGAAGCGAUUGGAAAUCGCCGGCAUUAUCAAGAACGAUUGGGAGCGAGAAAGUGUCGAGUUUGAUAAUUUUUUAUUACAAAAAUAACAAACAGCCGGUG